CAGUCAUAUAAAAAAUAUAUGACAUUGUAUAUAUAUGUGUGUAUGUACAUAUAUGCAUAUAAUUAAUAGGAAUCAAUUGUAUGUACGAAUUGAAAAUCAAUAAUCACAAAUAAUAUGUCAACUGGGAAUCUGCCGGAUAUUACAAUUUAUCAAUCAUUGAUAAAAUUACAAAUUGGAUUACUCCAAUAUUCAAUUGAGAGUUUUAAAGUAUUUCAAAAUUUGGAAUUUAUAAUAAAUAUUGCACAAGAGAUUAAUAUAGAAGAAUUCGAAAAUUGUUGUAAUAUUUUAGAAAAGUAUAGGGAGAAAAUAUCAAUUUUACAAAACCCAAAUGAAAUAAAUCAAUUUUACUUAAAAUUAGUUGAUUUUUCACAGCCAUAUCUCACCAGAAUAUCACAUUUCAUUGUUAAUAAGGGACGUCUUUUAAAUUCAAAUUACACUCCAGAGAUUAAUAUUGGUUAUAGGGAUUAUAAUGAUCUUGUUAAAAUCAUGGCAAAUGUGAAAAAACAUCUUUUUGAAUAUAUUUUCCCUCCAAACCUGAUUGAAAAACUGCUUUCAAGUUUAUUUAAUACAAACACUGAAUUAAGGAAUCAUAACAGACUUAUAUAUAAUAUCCCUGAUUUUGAUUAUCUGCAAAAACAUCAAGUAAUAAUUAUUGGAGAAACUAUAGAACGAUACUUAAAAAUUUAUAAUAUUAUUUCACCAAAAGAAGCUUACUGUUUCUAUAAUUCUUUGAAAAAAGAAAUUUUAUUUGAUCCCGAUCCUGAUAAUGAACCAGAAACUUUAAAAUUACUUUCAGUAAAUACUAUUCUUGAAACGAUUAAUCAAAAUGAAUCGAAUACUUCACCCUAUUCUUUUAAUGAUGAACAAAUUUUACGCUUAGACUUAAUUGAAGAUCUAACUUUUUACUUACAUUCUUUCAAAUCUUAUUUUGAUUUAUUAUUUAAAUUCUUUCAUUGUUUACAUGCUUUAUUCUUAUAUCAUCAUGAGUUAGAAGACGCACCGCCUGAAUCAGACGCGUUAGAAGAUUUAAUCAAACUCCAAAAAUAUCUCGAGGAUAAAAUUAAUAAAUUGAUCUCUCUCGGCACGAUUGGUUUGAGUACCGAAAAUUGCUAUCUUGAAGUUGCACAAUCCGUUCAAUAUUUAGCUAAUAAUUUUCUUGCUUUAUUUAAGAAUCUGCUGGAUAUUCAAACUUUAGCUAAUUUGGAGGUUAAAAGUCCUACCGAUAUCAUUUACAAGGAAUACUUCCAUCUAAAAAGUGAUUUAACUCUGCAUUGGGAAUACAUUGAUUCAAUCUGUGAUUACAUCAAACAUCAAGAUGCUUCCUCUUUAGAAAUGUCCUUGAUAAAACUGCAAGCCAUUGAAAUGAGCGAUCUUUUCAGUCUCAUCAUGCUCUUCGGCCAACGCUUGCAUUAUGAAUCAAUAAUUGUUGAUGUUUUGCAAAGUGAAUAAAAAGCUGCAAAAAAAAAAAUAAAUCUCCGGUGAUCAACACAAUAAUCGCAUCAUCUCGAGUCACGUGAAUGCAACCUCUCGUUAUAA